AAACGCUAUCACAGCCUCUUGACAGAACAGGCUGUGCUGACUCUUACUACAUAUUUUUUUAAUCAAGAGAUAUAAAAUUACACAACCUUUUUUUUCCUUUCCCUGUCUAUCCAUCUACAAAUGAGAAGUCUAAUCCUGCUAAGGCAUGUGCACAUGCGUAGCUUCGCCGGUGUGAGUAAUCCUUUCAAACUGGCUGAGCUACUUUUUGGAGGAAAGAAAGCCACUCUGCAACAUGACAUUUGAAGAUUUUGAGAACUACUCUUAUUUCUAUGAUCUGUCUGAGGAAGAUGAGUCACCCCAGUCCUCCCUCAGCAUUGCCCAUAUUAUUUCCCUUUUCUUCUACAGUGUGGCAUUUCUGCUGGGAGUGCCAGGUAAUGCCAUUGUCAUCUGGUUUAUGGGCUUUAAGUGGGAUAAAUCUGUUUCCACGCUCUGGUUCCUGAAUCUGGCCAUUGCAGAUUUCAUUUUUGUUCUCUUCCUGCCCCUCUAUAUUACAUACGUGGCAAUGGGCUUCCACUGGCCUUUUGGGAAGUGGCUCUGCAAAAUGAACUCAUUCAUUGCACUACUUAAUAUGUUUGCCAGUGUUUUCUUCCUGACAUUCAUCAGCCUUGACCGCUACAUCCGCCUCGUCCACCCUGUCUUUUCCUACAAAUACAGGACUGUAAAGAACACCCUCCUUCUCAGUGGGGUCAUUUGGAUGUCAGCUGCAAUUAUUGGUGGCCCUGCCUUGUACUUUAGAGACACAGCUACAGUUCUCAACAAUGUCACCAUUUGCUACAACAACUUCCACGUGCAUGACAGAGAACUUGUUUUGCUGACGCAUCACAUCCUCAUUUGGGUGAGGCUUGCAUUUGGUUACCUCUUUCCUUUAGUGACCAUGGUUAUUUGCUACUCGCUGCUGAUUGUCAAAGUGAAGAGGAGAACUGUAUUGACUUCUAGCAGGCUUUUCUGGACCAUCACUGCUGUGGUUGUAGCUUUUUUUGUCUGCUGGACACCUUAUCACAUAUUCAGCAUUGUGGAGCUGUCUGCUCACCACGAUGAAAACCUGCAUGACUUACUGCAGGAUGGCAUUCCCCUCUCCACCGGCCUUGGUUUCAUCAACAGUUGCCUCAACCCAAUCCUCUACGUUCUGAUUAGCAAGAAGUUCCAAGCCCAGGUGAAGAGCACGGUGUCUGAGGUGCUGAAGCUGGCCCUGUGGGAGGUGAGCCGCUCGGGCACGGUCAGCGAGCAGCUCUGGAGCUCGGACAACGCGCCCGCGCACUCCUGCGAAACUGCCCAGUGACUGCUCGUGCCAGCAGCUCUCCCCAGAGGAGCUGACAGGAGAUUUGGAGGUGUUCUUGACUUCACAUCUGCCAGUCCGAUGUGCACCUUUGCAUAGACAGUUUUCUGUAAACAGCUGGCUUCAUUGCACUUGCUGCUUUAAUGGAAAGGUUUUUGAGGGACACGGGAUUUGGAUGUGUGCCCUUGCAAUGCACCUACAGCCUGGACUGAAAGUUACCAGCACAUGUGGAAUUACUCUAACUGGGCUUUUGCUGAGGAAUGUUGUUGUGGUCCUGUUGGUUUGCUGUGGUUCCAUACCUCAUUGAUAUCAAAAGAACACAUAAUAAAAAUAUUCCUCCUUGCCAUUGCUGAUACAACUCUUAAUUGAGGCAUUCUCAUCCAAGAGGCUCUGGCCGUACAUCACUGGGUCAUGAGUCUCCUGAUUGCCUGCUACUGCCCCAAGGUGGCUACAUCCCACCUAAAUGAAGCUGUCAGUGGCUCCACUCUGCAGCUGGAGAAGACUCCCAAGAUGGAGAACACUGAUUUGCUGCCUUCUAUUGUCGAAAAAGAAAAAUAUGGAAAUAAAACCUCUUCUCCCACUACUCUUUAUCUUAUACUCAAAACUAAGACAGGAGACCCUGUGUUUUGGGGUCACUUACUGUAUUUUUAGCACUAGCUGGGUACAAAAUACUGAACAGAUGUUUCAUAUAGGUAUUAGGCUCAUUCAAAUUGUGCAAAGAAUUAGUGAAAAUAUUUUUUACAGCUUCUGUGCCACACUUCUUUUUCUAUGUUUAAAAUUUUAGUCCUACAGAGGUUUACAACUAUUGAUUGCUCUUUAUUCCUCUUUCAAGCAAAGGUAAAGAAGUAAUAUAACAUUUUGUUUGCCUUAAUGUCAAGCUUAAGAAAUGGGUGGAAUGAAUUCAUCAGUAUUCUGUUACAAGUCUGUAGCCAAAUUCGGGCUUCUUUUCCAAAUAAGAGGCAAAACAGUUCAUCCAGGAAAUGGAGUCCACUCCCAUAAGAAAGAUGAAGUAGUCCCAGUUGUGCUGUAUUCUCUUCCAAUUUGUUGCUUGCUGCAGAAUCACACAUGCACCAAUGCAAAUAUAUAUGCUAUGUGGAGUGAACCAAUUUCUGAUGCAAUGCCACUUAAUUAAAAAGUUUAAUGUGGGACAAAACUCUGCUGAAAGUAAAAGCAUAGAGCUUUGGGUAAAUUUGAACUGGUUUUGCCUAGUUAUUGGCCUAGGCACAUAGAAUAAAACUGCCUUUCAGAUAAUUUGCCUAGUUUAUAUGGCCUGCCAACACAGUAGCAUUUAUGCUAUAAUUGAGGCCUUACAUGUAAAUAGAUUUGCUUUUGUAUAAAAUAUAUAUAUAUAUAUAUGCAUGAGCACAUCCAAUAUUGGUAGCUGCACGAAUAGAAACAGCCUGACUGUGGUCUGUAACUAUUUCUUUGGGCUCUGGUUUCAGAGUCUGAGAGUCAGGCAGGAUCAGUGGAAUUUCAGUGUAUUUCCCUUGGGGCUGAAAAGCUGGUAAGCAGCAUUCUUCCUUUGAGUCAUUUGCUGCCUGGUACAUAGUUGCUCAUCAUAAUAUUUUGGCAUUGUGCUGGUGUAUGUGCCUAAAUCAAACAUUUUGCAGUUUUUCUUCACAUGUUCCCUGACAUCUUUCUAAGAAUGAUGUACUCUCCUGGCUGUAGUCCAAGUGAAGCAAUAAAAUUUUCUUGUUUCCAAA